AUGGCCACUGCUCCCAGUACAAAAUCAUUCACAGGGUCUCCGCACACUGACCAAGCGUUGGCUGGUUUUGGUGCUGGUAUGGUAUCGACAGCCUUGUUGCAUCCUCUGGACCUUAUCAAGAUUCGAUUCCAAGUCGACUCUGCACGUUAUUCCGAGAAAAGACCUGUUGUUGGCGGCACUAUUCGAUCAUUUAAAGCAAUUGUGAAGGACGAGGGCGUUUGGAGAGGUCUAUACAGAGGAGUGACACCCAACAUGGCAGGAGCCACCUUCAGUUGGGGUUUUUACUUUGGUUGGUAUAGUUUGAUCAAGAAAUACAUGAAGAAGGACGACCAAGGCAAGCUAUCCGCAGUGCAGCAUCUGACAGCAUCAGCCGAAGCAGGAGCACUUACAGCCUUGAUGGCCAAUCCAUUGUGGGUUGUCAAAACUCGCAUGUGCACUACAACACAUAAUACCCCUGACGCCUACAAUGGUUUGCUGGACGGAUUAAAGAGAUUGUACUUGGAAGAAGGUGUUCGAGGGUUAUACAGAGGCAUUGUGCCUGCAUUGUUUGGCGUCUCUCACGGUGCUAUUCAGUUUAUGGUGUACGAAGAGAUGAAAAAGAAGAGAAACGAGAUCAGACACAAGAACGGGGUUACGUCGACAGAGGAAUUGAAUGCUCAAUUGAGUCAAACUGAGUAUUUAUUGAUGGCAUCCACAUCCAAGGUCGCUGCUACAGUGGUUACUUAUCCUUAUCAGGUGCUGAAGAGUAGAUUACAGAAUCGUGCUACGAGAGACACUUAUACUGGUGUGAUUGAUUGUGGCAAGAAGCUAGUGCAAGCAGAGGGAUAUAUUGGAUUCUACAAAGGGUUGGCACCAAACAUCUUCCGUGUGUUGCCUGGUACCUGCAUCACAUUUUUGGUGUAUGAAAAUCUUACCCAGUACUUUAAAAAUCAUGCUUCUUGA